AUGAGCGACGGAGACAGUGACUUGGACGCUUUAAACUCGACGAUGGCGCUGCCUUCACCGCCCCAAUCGCCUCCACCGGUAUCACAGCCGUCCCGUGCCGCUCUGUCCAGGUCUAAACACGUCGGCAAGGCCAGGAUUAUCCAGUCUUCUGUGCUGGCCAGUCGCGACGCGGGAAGACCCAAAUUGCGUGGAAAAAAGACCCGUCCGAGCAAAAAUGACGAGCGCGCCGUUUUGGUGCCAGAAAGUACCCAUUUUUCAGCCCAAAAGAAGGACCUAAAUGCUGUGGACGAUAAGGAGACGCUCGAGAACUUGCAGGCCCGACCAGCUCAUAUGUUGAGUGUCGUGGAGCUGUGCAAUAACAACAGUGAUGAGGAUCGAGAGAGUGUGGGGGGGAAACGAGAUGCAGGUGGCAGCGGAGCUCCGACGCCCGUGCCGUCGGGUGAAGAAGAAGACGAUGAUGGUGGGAAUGAGAGUGGUGAGACUGUGGACGAUGACUGGGCCGACCACAAUCGAUGGUACUGCAACAUUUGCAAAGAUGGGGGCGAGUUGCUCUGCUGCGAUCGCUGUCCUCGAGCUUUUCACAUGAGCUGUUUGGGUAUGAAUGAGGAGAUGAUCCCGGACAGAGAGUGGUAUUGCAAGAUGUGCGCUGAGUGCUUGGAUCGACGGCGUCUGAAACAAGAGUCGAAAGAGAAGGCGCGCGUUAUGCGUGAAACCGAAAAACUUGAGCGCGACGCACGUCGACGAAAGGCGGAACAGAUGAAGGAGGAGAUGCUGACGAAAAAGUCGGUUGAGGCGAUUGAGCACAAGGCGAAGCGUGUGUUAGAGAUGCAGGACCGUAUUCUCAGUCGCAAGAAAAUCAAGUAUAAGGACAAGGAAGAGGAGAAGCUUGGCAAGAUGGCAGAAGAACUGGCCCAAACCGUGAGGUCAGCAAAGGAAAAGCUGGAGAAGCUGGAAAAGGAAGAUGCGAUCCUCAGACGAAAAGAGGAGGCGCUGAAAAAGAAAAAGCGCGGAGUCAACGAUGUCCCGCCCGAGGUUGUUGACGAUACCUCGCGCCCUGACAGACCACCGCCAGUACCAUGCGCUUUUGGAGAUAUCCCGGCGAAGUUUGUUGGGAAAAUGCUUGCUGUGUGGGAUUGUAUUUAUGCGUUUCGCAACGUCCUAGAGCUUGCGGAUAUCACAGUCGACCAGUUUAGCCGCGCACUGAAUUACCCAAAGAACUCGGCGAUGUUGACUGAGAUCCACAUGUGUUUGUUGGAGAAGAUCUUGGAGGACAGAGAGGAUGAGGACUACAUGUCCGACGACGAAGGCUCGAUGGACGACAGCGAGCGAUACCGAUACGAAAUCCAGCACGCCCCGUUGACUGUAGGCGUGCCAACACGCUCAAUGCUCACCCCGCUCACUUGGCCCACUAUUUUGUGCAGCUUAAUCGUUGCUGUGCCUCGUUACACAGCACACUCAACAUCGACUUUCUUAGCUGCAUUCAAAGCGCUGCAAGAUAUGGACUACCCGGCGCUGCAAGUGCAGCACAAACUGGCUUUGCUGCAAUUCCUUGUCGGACGUCUAGUUAAUACCGAGAAAGCUCGCCACGUACUCGGUAAGCACCUCAACGAAACGUUGCAACGAUCGAAAGAGUACAAUCGCGCCGUCAUGCUUGACCGGAAGCUCGCGCUUGAGGAUGAGAAGAAUCUUCGAGAGAAGCAACGAGUCGAGCUUGCUAACAUUGCGGAGUCAAGCACAACGUCGAUGAAGUCGUGGUUGGGAAGUGAUAAAAAAGGUCGAGUCAAUGGAUACGCGAUCUCGGUCGACAGUGGUGAAGAGAUCAACAGCGAUUUCGAGGGAGACACUGGUUCUGCGAGCGACUCGGACUUGAGCGAGCUUGCUUACAGUGAAGAGGCUCUUUUGCAAAAUGAAGAAGAGCUGGAAAAGCUACAACAGCAGGAAUUCAUCUCUCGGCAUGAAUACGUUGCGCGGAGGAAGCGACUAGAUAAACAGCGCGAACGGCUGCGACAGAAAGCGGAGGCGAAAUCGCGCAAACACAAAGUGCAGGAGCAACUCGAGCGUAAGCGGGCGAUAGCGAAAAAGAGCAUCACGGAUGGUUUGACAUCGAAGAACGCGAUUUUACUUCGCAGUGCUAUCGAAAAGGGCAAGGAAUGCGGCCUCCCGGACCGUCAGAUUGUGUCGGCCACACACGUGCUCGAGAACCUGGAUGCCGAAGCCGCCCGUGAAGAGGAAGCUCUGACGAAAAAGCGCAACCUCAGUGCAUUGCUGCGCCAGUGCUUUGUUCGGUCGGAGCCGAUUGGGCGGGACAGAGACCAGCUGCGUUAUUGGGUUCUUCAAGGCGAUCGACAACGGCUAUAUGUUGAAAGGCCAGGUCCACCGGACAAGAUAAAGCGCAAAUAUGAGUCGCUGGCUAGAAGCGGGUCACCGAGGGAUGGGUUGGUUCCCGAAGACGAUGUCAACAAUGCAACGUGGUACUAUUACUCUUCCCGAACUGAGUUGGGUUCGUUAAUGGAGGCUCUCGACACACGCGUCCUUCGUGAGGCUCACCUUCGCUCAGCUUUGGUGGACUACAUUGGAGAGAGCGAAAUGUCUGAUGUUAAGCCCGGGUUGUUGCUUGCUGAUCUAGUGGACGAGGCGGGUGCCAAGAAGCGCUCGCAGCGUACAGCAGACACAGGACCCAAUGAGGGAACUGAAUUUCUUCAGUGGAGGAACGACAAGCACCCGACACGUAAGGCGAUUCAGCAUCCAGAUCCGAGUGUCGAGUCGUUCCGCGAAGACUUGUUGAAGGGUCAAGACUGGAUUUGUAAGUGUCUUCGUACGCUAGGUUCAACUUGGCCAGACCGCCCUGAAAAUGGUGGCGCGGCGUGGCGAACGUCCGUACAAGUAAUCGACAACAUUGACGACAUUGCUGGUGCUCUGCUCACCCUAGAGAGUGAGGUGAUGUCCGCUCAGAGCAAGCCGAAGCAAAGACCCGGCGCUUUGGUGUCAAGUGCUGCUGCAGUAGACCCGAGCAAUGUUGCUGGCUUGUCCGACGAGGUGCACGUUAAAGUCGAGGAGAGGAGUGAUGACGACGAUGAUGACGAAGAGGAGGAAGCUAUCGACGCUUUAGUAGACGACGGCACUGCGCUGUGGCCGUCUAAAUAUUGCCGUGAGCGCUGGAUUCAGAAUGUGAAGCGUGGAAAGACAGUUGCUGUUAUGGCCACUGCUCUGGUCUCAUUGAUGCAUCGUUUGGAGGUGCUUGGCUUCGUGAACGCGUCGAACGAAGAUGUGAUAAAGUCACGUGCAAAGCGAGAAAGAGAGCAGUUGUCUCGCAAGGAGCGUGCAGCCAAGAGAAAGAAGCAGGUUGAAGAGGCAGAUGACGAUGACGGCCACGUGCUCGAGUCUGUGGAUGAGUGGGAAGAGGACUGCUACCUUUGCAGCGAAGGUGGUGAAUUGGUGUGUUGCGACGGCUGCCCUCACGUGUUCCAUUACUCGUGCAUCGGGCUUCGUCGUGUCCCUCGCGGAAAAAUCUUUUGCCACGAAUGCGACACAUCGGUGAAGCCGAUCGUCCCUGCAAAGAAGAGUGGAAAAGCCUUUUUGAAGCGACCUAGACAGUCGCCGUCACCAUCCCCACGUCGUCGAUCUCGGAAGCAAACCAAGUACAGUAACGAUGAUUCGGGGUCAGACGAAAGCGACGCUGAGUCCAAUUCUGCUGUCUCUACAGCUUCUGGUUGCCCUGCGUCCGGCAAGUCAUCGCCAGAGCGACAUGCUCACGUCGGGUCAAAGAGCUCGGAAGACCAGUGGGAUGUUGAUUGCAGUGUCUGCAGUUUGGGAGGUGAGCUGCUCUGCUGCGAUGGGUGCCCUCGAGCUUUCCAUGCAAAUUGCAUCGGCCUGGCUGAAAUCCCCGAGACGGAGUGGUUCUGCAAUGAGUGCAAUCUACAAACCUGCGGAGUUUGUAAAGAGAACCGAAUUCGGCUUGACUCGCACGUUAUCUGUGGAUCCGAAGAUGGUUCGAAAGGCUGCGACCGUGUUUUCCACCUGAAUUGCGCGGAGCUCGACAAUGUUCCUGCAGAUGACUGGUACUGUAUGAAGUGUCGGACGAAGCUGAGUCUAUAA